UCUGCUUCCGUUAAGAACAGUUGAAUUCGAAAGAUUUUCGAUUUUUCGCUAUAAACAGCAAUCUGCUUCGCCAAAAAUGAUUUUAAUCGAUCAGAAUGUUGGAACAUAUAUAUUAAGAUGAGGGAUGUGGAGGCUGGAAGUAUAGAGUCUAGCCGCAAAAAUGGCUGGACUUUGCCUCUCAAUUCCCUUCAGGUGAUUGCCUGGGUGGUGAUAGUAGUGUACGCAAUCCUACACUUCACCACUUUAGUGCCAGCAAUCCACUCUUCAUGGCAACCUGCAGCUUACAUUGUGCCUGGGUUGAGUCUUGUUGUACACUUGAUUUGUCACAUUGUGUCCAUUUCCAUCGACCCUUCCGAUCCUUCCGUGCUCGCCAAGAAAUACCCGAAACUCAAGUUUGACAGGUCCAGACACAAACAUGUGAUUGAAGAAUGCCACUGUCACAUCUGUCAAGUUGAUGUUGGAGGCAAAUCAAAGCACUGUGGGGUUUGCAACAAGUGUAUAAGCAACUUUGACCACCAUUGCAAAUGGCUCAACAACUGCAUCGGAGGACGUAACUACCGGUGGUUUAUUGCAACCCUGGUGACAGCGAUUGUGGCCCUUCUUCUGGUGUCUGUCCUUGCCAUGGUGGAGUUUAUCGUCUACUUCACGGACCAAGAUGAUCGCACAAUCCUGCAGCCUUUCAGAGAGCUGAACAGCACCCUGCCCCAUACAGAUGCAGAUAUCCAAAUCUUUUAUCAGUCUGUAAUGCACGAGGGCUGGCUCGCACUUUUGGCUAUUUACUUCGUCCUUGGCUAUAUUGCUGUUGCCUUGGUUGGGCAUCUGUUUGGCUUCCAUGUCUAUCUCAUUUGCAAGAACACCAACACGUAUGACUACAUCAUUGCUCAGAGGGACAUGGAAGAACGCAAAGAGGAUGAAAAACUUGCCAAGGAUCGCAAGAGCAAGCGGAACCAGGUUAAGCCUAGCACAGGCAGUCGUGCCAGUAAGGAUUCUGAGCGUGAUGGGAUGCCGACAAAGGAUUAUCAGAAAAUCCUUGAGGAAGCUGAACAAGAGGGCCGCUCCUCUGGUGAGACUCCACCUCCCUCUACAUUGCCCUACCACACAGAGAAGAAUAACAACAACAACAACACCAAUCUGAUGAUGGAGGAUGAGAAGAACAAGGUUAAGAGGCUGAGGAAGAAGAAGAGAUCUUCCAGCCAGUCUGGUUCACAGGCCAUCUCCACUGUUGACAAUCCUCGCAUGUACAAAAACAAGGGCUACACAAUAUCCAGUGUUGACAUCCCAGACGCCAUGGAGGCUCCCCACAUUGUGCCUAUCCGCGAGCCGACCCCCCGGGGCACUGGACCUGCCCCUGAGUACCACACUGACUCUGCCGACUCUCUCCUUGAAGUGCCAACUGACAAGUCUUUCAGCAUGUCUCUGAUCAGUGGCGCAAGGACCACUGACAAGUCAUUCAAUGCUGCCUCUGCAAUCGGAGGCACUGGGGUCAGAAAGAGCAAAAAGAAAAAGAGGCGGAAAGAUUCCAUUGUUCACAGCGACGAUGAUGAUGAGCUCAACACCACCACCCUGUUUACGGUGAACAACAGCGCCAAGUACAACCCAGACGGCUCUCUUCAGUAUGCUGACUUCAGGGCCCUGCCCCUCACCCCCACCUCGUUGCGCAGGCAGCAACAGCAGCAGCAGUCUGCUAAAAACGCCCUGGAAGUGCCGCCUCUCGACUUUACCACGCUGCGAGGUAGCCAUGAGAGUGUGACCUUCCAGCCUUACACAGCCACUAUGCGCUCCACCGACACCGUGCUCACUACGGAUCGCCUCCUACCGCCCCUUAAGGAGGAGAAGCGACGGACAAAUUUGCAGCCCGUCACAGACACUGAAGUGUAGAGUGACCUAGCUGCUUUUCACGCAUGUGCCUUUCUUCAGACAACAUAGAUGACACAGAUUUUUAAUUUAAUAGACUUGAAUAGACUAUACUUCAGACAGUUUUUUUGAGGCAACACUGACAAAACAGAAGUUCUUCAAUUUUACUCGACAUCAGACAGAAAAAAACAACAUUUUUUGUAAUGAAAUGGAUUUUCUUGGAAGAAAAUUGAUCACCCAAGUUCAGGAGACUGGUCAACAUGUACAGACAAUGCCCUUCAUUGGAACUCUUUUCUCUAUCUCUCUUUCUUCUCUUUUCUCUUGUUUUUGGAACGUUUUCUAAAAUUUGGCUUGGUUUUGUAAAAUUUGUGGAUUUUUCAGAGUCCAUUUGAUAUGGCGUGCACCCUGCUUUUAAAGCAGGAAAGAAAAAUACAAAAAAAAAAUUACAAAUUUUUGAAAAUAACCAAAAAAAAUACAUAAUUUUAAAAAAUACAAAAAAAUAUACAAAAUUUGUAGAAAAAAAAAACAGAAACAGUUUUUUUUUAUUUUACUUUAAGCUGUUUUGGAACGUUUUCAAAAACUUUCUAUUUUUUCAAAUAAAAUCUGUUUCUACACUCCUGUCUUUCUGUAUUUUGUUCAAAAUCCAAGCAUAUUAGAUGAAGCCUUUGCUAACGAUAUUUGCAAGUAAAUAUUCUUUUGAGGUAGCAGUACUUUUCAAUUUAUGGAUAACAUACAAAUAAUGGAAGCAAUCAUAAGCUAAAAAGAUAUUUGAAUUUUAUUUCACAUCUUAAAAUUUAGUGAUAGUUCAAAAUAAUACGUAGCUUGCUUCCUCACCAUUUUAUUUUUUUUGAGAAAUUUAUUUUACUCAUCAAGUUUUAACAUACUUUUUUUUCUUCUGUUUCUCUAAUUAUUUAACUCUCCUAUUUCUCACCUUUCCUUUGAGGCAUUGGAAUUAUUUUGGUACAUGUAUAUUUUUAUGCUAUUUAAGGUUGACUAUUUUUCCAAGAGAAAAGUCCAGUCAUCAAAAGUAGAUGAAUCAUUUUAAAUGAGCAACCAUUUAUCCUUAGACAAAUGCUUGUCAUAAAUUUGAGCAACCCCUGAUUAACCUUUUUUAAUGUAUACAUAUUCUUAAUUUGACAAUACGCACCUGUAUAUCACAUAACUCCCACUAAAAGAGUUAUUCCCCUUGGUGAAAUUAAAAAAUAACCGUCAAGAACUGGUAUUGCCUUGAGGAGCUCUAGGAUUAUACCAUGUUCUGUUCUGAAGUGUCAGGAGAAAGGCAUUAUGUGGUUUUAAAGAUGUGAAAGCCGUGUGAAACAAAUCGUGCAGGGAGACAGAACUGUUACUGUUUGGGGCAAUGGUGCUUUAUUUAUUAACACAACUGUACAUUAACCUGUGUCAUAUCUUAAUUUAUUCAUUUAUCAUUCCAGACUUUCAUUUCAUUUGACUGUAAAGAUGUGAUAUGUGGAUCUUUAGAGCUAUGACCAGCAGGAAUGGGUCUUCUCGUAACAAUCAUGACAUAUAGAAAGAAAUUGGAUGUCUUAGGAAAGUUGCCAUUUUUCUAAUUUGAAUAUAAAGAAAACUAACAAUAUUUUUACACCAAAUAUAUCAAAAUAAGGAAGAAAAUGGUCUAUACAAUAUAUGCAUAUGAAUAUAUUUGAAGAAAAGUAGAGGGUAUUCUAAACAAUUGUCAAAAAUUAUGAAAUUUCACUUAGUUGAAAAAAAUCACUAAGACAAUGAAAACAGCAUCUGUACUUAAACUAUGAAAAAGAGUGUCUUUUACGAGACAUAGUUUUAAUAUGGUGAUUUGUGUUUAGAUAUAUAUUGUUUUUGAGAUUUACACUACUAGAUCUAUCUUUCCUUGGUGUGAUUCCCUGCAAAGUGUUCGAUUUUUUACAGAAAGGAUGUAUUGUUGAUUUAAGUGCUCUGUAAUUUUGUGAUAAACUGGAUUUAACUCCAAGAUGAUGAUGAUGAUGAUAAUGAUGAUAUUUUCGGAAUAUAUUCAAUGGUAAGAAGUGAAGUUUUGAAAAUACUAUUUGAAUGGUUAGUUUAAGUUGAUACUAUCAAAUGCAUGCGAAUGUUUUCAAGAUUAAAAUGUGCAUUUUAGUUUAUAAUAUGUCAAAGAUGAAGCAAAAGAGUGCUGUGGAUGAAAUGAGAUAGUGAUGUUUCCAUUUUAGCGAGGUUUCGUGCACCAUAAGGCAAUCAAAGUAUUUUUAUAUAUUUUUCGAAAUGUUCUUUCCUUCUCAUUAUUGUUAUGACAUACGUCUUUUGUUAUCCUAUCUCCUGGGUAAAAUUUGUUUUUUCUGUGAACAUAGAUACCUCAGCAUAAUAUAAUUUCCCAGACAACGUCACAUACAAAAUGUUAAAAUGAUGAAAUUAGAAUGAAAGUGCUACUGAGACCGUCAUUUAAAUUUGACUUUUGAUGAACGUCAAUGAAUCCGAAUUUUUAUACUAUUGCUCAGUAUCUUUGUUUUAACAAGCCCUGCUAUAUAGAAUUCAAAAUUUGAGCAGGCCUGGAAUACAUUUUACUAGUGCAGGGCUUGCGGGCUUGUGUUAAUUUCGAACACUGCUAAGGCCCUUAAUUACAAAAUAUUUUCACUUUCGAACACUGCUAAGGCCCUUAAUUACAAAAUAUUUUCACUUACAUAAUUGACAUAGGAUGUUUAAUGGUUGGAUGCCAGAAAAAUGGUUGGUUAUAUCGAUAGUUGAAAUCAUGCAAAACAAUGAACAAAUGCUGCUCUAUAUAGAUUGUUGUUGAAGAAUAUUCAAUUAUUGUUAUAUAUUUAAAUAGUUUGAGUGUGGGACCAGUUUUUGAUGUUUUGUCAUUAUAUUAACUUCUUGGGUAUGUAUCAUUGACAAGUUGAAUCUCAAGGAUUUUCUGAUAUGUCUUAAUAAUUACAUCUGUGUCAUACAAACUUACAAAACAUGACAAUAGUAGUGACAAUACUUUAUGGUAGAUAUUUGUCACGUCACAUGAUUUUGUUUUGAAAGAAAUAUUCCCUGUUUCAUACAAAAUCCAUUUCGCAAGCAGAUAACAAUUUGUUGAGCACUAAUUUUCGUAAAAAAUUUCAAAACAAAUUUUCCUGUGAAACAACACAAAAUGCAUUGUCCUUGCCAAUUGCUUUAAACAUGACUAAGAUUCCUAGAAGUAGAUUUUUUCUCUUGAUUAUCAAGAAAACUUACUUAUUUUUUUCAUAGUCAUUGGCUAUUAAAGAUAGGUGAAACUAAAAGAAGAGCAGUUUUAUGAAAUACUAUAUUAAAGGGUUUAGUCACCAGACAAUAAAAUUGCAAGAAGAAAGAAAAAUGUCAAAACUUAUAUUGUUUUGUACAAUGCAUUGAACCUUACAACCUACGACACAUAUGCAUCUUUCACAGUUCUUGAGCAUUUUUCCAAUUCGAAAUUUACUGAGGUUGUCUACCAUGUUAACCCAAGUAAGUUAAAAAAUUCAUCAGUAUAUUUAUCUGUACUCGUAAACAUAUAUGAUUAUAACUCGGAAACCAUUUUGUGCUAUGUUUUUUUAAACAGAAAAACAUAGAUGAGACAGCAACAUGAUUCUUAUAUUUUUAUAUAUUUUCUUCUGAUCAUGUAAAAUGAUGUAUUAUCGGCCUCCUAAUAGCUCGCAUUAACCAUUAUAGGCUUGUUUUGAGGAAAUACUGUAUUUGAUGAUUUUGAGAACAUCUGGUGUCUAGUCCCUUUAAAAUAUCAUUGUUACAUUUUUAGGGCAUUUGAUACCGAAAAUAAUUAUGUUUAUUGAGAGUUAUCAUGUGAACAUGAAUGCCAAAUUUGUUGAGUUUUUGACAUUUGUUUUGUUUCCUAGCUACUGUGAUAAAUAGUGAAGUAGUAUUAGUUUAUUAAAGAUAGAUCUGUACAUAGAAUGUUUUUAAAUGAUUUUAAAAAAAAAAUAAUUAAAUUUGAUCAUACCAUUUUUGACUGCUUUUAAAGAUUGCUUUAUUUAGAAUUAAUUUUUAACUCAUCUGAUUAUCAAAAAAAAGAAGUUGAUGUAUUGUCAUAGCCUUUGUGUUGAUGUUGAGGUCGUAUUAAGUGCAACAACUUGGCCAGAACUGUAAAACCUUCAAAUGAAACUUGGUAUAAAUGAUGCCAGAGACAGAACACACAUGUUAAACAAGGCCCAUAACUCUGAUUUUAAUAAUUGUUGUGUCAUGCCCUUGUAUAACUAAAAAAAGAAAAACAGACAAGAGUUGAUAUUAUCUUGGUUGGCUUUAAUAUUUUAUCGUUGGGUUUUGACUUCUUUUAUAAAUGAAAUUACUUCAAUUAAUUUGUUUUAAUAAUAAAAGCUCCUAAUUAGGUUUGUUCCAUGAAAGACCUUUUUAGUGACCUAAAAUGACAUUAAAAUUGACUUGCAGAUUUUUGAAAUUAGCAUUAUUUUAUUUUAAGCUAAAUUUAUGUUAUUGUCAGUCAGUGUUUUAACAGAUGAUAUUUUGUUCAUAUUUUAGGGGCUUACUUACUUUCCGUCCACUGUAUUUACCAGACUAGUCCCUUUUUUAAAAAGAUUUAUCAUUGACAUAUGCACUUUAUAUUGUAUAUAGCUAUAUAUUAUUGUGAUAUUCAUAGUUUGCACAGUUUUCUUUUGAUUUGAGUGGGGAUAUACAAAAGCAAUUUUUUGUAAGUUGAAAAUUUCAUUGCAAUUACCUGUGAUUUUUCAAGUGGGCUGCAUAGUUUCAGCCCUAUUGUCAGAAGUUUCAAAAUGAGUACACAACUGAUUAAAUUUAACUAUGUUAGAGAAUUUUCAACAUGGAUUUUAAAGAAUUAUGAUGAACAAUUUGCUUAUUAUUCCAGUGUUUUUUUUCAUACUAAUUAGGGGACAAAAUUUGGCCCCACUUCCAAUGGUCGAUCAUAUUAUUUUUUUGCAAACGAGAAAAUUAAUUUAAAAUUUCUGUUUUAAAAAUGUUUUAAACUGUUUUUAGAAAAUGGUGAAAAAACAUAUGGUUAUUUAACAAUGAAUAAUAAAAGUCUUGCCUUAAAAACAAAUAUUUUAACAUUUUUUUAUAUUUUUAUUUGGUUAAUAGUUGUCAGCAUUAAUGUGUAAAAAUAUGGAAAUGAAAUUUUUCAUAUCAUCUUUAAAUGUCACUGCACUCAUGUUCUUCAAACACUUCUAAAUCAUGUCAUUUUAAGGUAUCGGAAAUACAAUUGUGUGGUUUUUGGACGCCUGAUGACGCCCGAUAUCAUUUGAAAAGGUUUAAUGUGUAGAGAAAGUAUUAAUGUAUAUUAACAAUUAAAACAAGUAUUCAUGUAUAUCAAUUAUGAACACCAUUUAUAUUUUUACAAAAACAUUUAUUUUGAUCUUGAAAAACUGCCAGCUCAAGAAAUAUUUCAAUUAACAGAAAGGAUGUAAAAACAACUGCAGUACUUUAUCACCAAUGUAUUUUCAGUGAUUUAGUUUUCAGAUUAAGUCCAUCAGCAAGCAAUACCCUUUUUAAUGAUACCAAUAUUAAAUGGGGUCACCAGACAAUGUAACAUAAUUGCUUAUGGCUGGAUGAAAUGACCAUUGUAUUUGUACUUUUAAUUCAUUCAGAAUUUGGCUGUUUUUCUACAACAACAUUCCAAUGCGUUACGAUAUUUUUUAUCUUUGAGACUGGUAUGGUAGUAUUCAAUAUACAAGUUAACCUUAUUGUCAUGCAUCAUUGACUUCAUUCACACUAUAGGUCAGUUAUAAAUAACAAGUAAUCCGAUUAGCUACAUCAUUCUAAGAGUAAUUAAGACCAAUAUUGAAUACCAUUCCUGGUUUCUUAUUAAUUUCACUGAAUCGAAAGAGAUUUUAUAGUUUUAAAAGUUCAUUUUAUCUCUCUCUCAAAUUCUUAGAUUUUUAUAGACUCUAAAUAGGGCAUUUUAUAAGAAUAUUUGUGCCUGGAAACCUUCCCGUCCCUAUGGCUACCAUAAGAAGAGCUCAAUUCAUAUUUGACUAUGGUUAUGUUCAUGACUAUUAAGUUCGGUUCUCGUCCUAUUUCAAACAACUGUUUAGGUCUUAUCAUUCUCUUCAUGAGUACAUUGAAUGUACACAUUAUUUUAAGGAACUGUGUUUAAUCAUUGUUAUGAAGACUUGUUGUGAUGUUCAUGUUUCUUGUCAUAGUAAUCAGGUCACUGUAAAUGUCCAUUAAGUUUUUAUUGUGUUUUAUAUUUUCUGGUUCAAAACCAGAACGGAUAGUAGAAAAAAAUAAAUGGAGAAAACUUGAGAA